AUGGGGUCACAGUCUCAUGAUAUUUUGUCUACCAAAUUUGAUCGAAAAAACUAUCCUACAUGGAAAUUUCAUUUUCGUAUCUUUGUUCAAGGGAAAAGAUUGUUUGGAAUGUUGGAUGGAUCAACAACUGAGCCAAACGAAGAUAAGGAAAAACUAGUUUGGCAUGCUAACAAUGCUCGUGUCAUUUCGUGGAUCCUCAAUUCUGUACAUGUAGGUGUUGCACUUAGUCUGCGUCUAUUCAAUCUGGCAUCAGAGAUGUGGAAGCAUCUCAAAAAUUUAUAUGCUCAAUGUAACCAUGCUCGUGAUUUUGAAUUAGAACAUACUCUUUCAGAAUACAAGCAGGGAGACAAAGACAUUCAGAAUUAUUAUUCGGGACUUAUGGCGAUCUGUUCAGAACAAGACCAAAGUUUUGGAGGAAACCUUUCUUCCACACGUCUCAAAUAA